GCCGGAGAGCUGUGUACAAAAGAAAAACUACACUUCCCGGCGACCUCUGCGCGGCAACUCGAGGGGCGAGCCUCUGUGUGAAUAGCCUUCUUAUUGGUGAGCAGUCCAUAGGGCCCUGUAACCUCGUGGGCGAUUGGACGGAUUUGUGGACACUCGGUGGCGCCUCGACGCUCCCUGAUUUAACUUUUGUUUUUCGGUUGGCUUCUCUGACUCCGAGGCUUGGUGUGGCGUGAGUAUGGAGUUUUGGGUUUCUGGCGGAAGGGUGUGGGGCCUUAAGAAGAAAACCUGGUGAGGAAGAAGAAACUGUGGAAGCAAUGCGGAAGAGAGGGAUGUGAGCCUGAACCAUGGGGGUUGUUAGAGAAGCUGGAGACCAGAAGAGGAAAGUUAGAAUCUGCGAAGAGAAGACCUCGGCGGUGCCAGAGGACUAGAGGGGCUAUAGCAAUGAGGGAGCCAAGAACGAGGUGAAGUGGAAGAAGCAGUACAUGAUUUGGACGUCCUGGGGCUGGCUUCCGCUAUUCCCUAAACUCAUGCUAGUCUAAGCCUCAGUUUCCUCAUUUGUAAAAUAAGGGAUUAAAAAAAAAAGAUUCACGGAGUUGUGGGGACAAAUAAAUACCGAAGUGCUGAACAAAUGUCAAUUGUUCUUUUUGACAAGAGGCAAAUUGACCCAAUUUGAAGAAGCUUUGUGGAAAGAGGUGUGAAAAAGACAGCAUGAACUUUACCCCGACACACACCCCUGUUUCCAGAAAGUAAGACAUUUGCUUAGUUUUGAGUUGUUAAAGUAGGGAAUCAAGACUUCUGAAUGAAGCCUUAGUCCAAAGUUAGCAGAACAGCUGAAAGGGUCUUAGAAACCUGUUUCCUAAAUCUUGAUUUAAACUGUAUUAGACAUCAUUUCUCUAUUCUUACUGCAGAAUUUGGAUUAAAAAACAUUGCCUGUUAAAUGGUAAUACCAGGAUUUUGGCAGUCUGAAUGGGCCUAGCACAGUGCCAGUGGAUACUGGACUUCAGAGGAAUAAUGACUGCACAAACACAGGAGACUUAAUUCUGAUUCUGCCAUCAGCUUGCUGCAUAACGUGUCAUCUUCAUCUCAUUGCCACAGCUCCUGUCUGUAAAAUACCUGAAAUAUCUCUUAAUAUUAACCUGUUCACCAGGAUUGUUAAAAUUGAAAACAUAAAACAUGAAGUAAAAUAGUAUUUCUGUCACAAGCUUUUGAUGAGUGAGAAAAUGUUAGGUUUUUUUUUUCCCCCUUUAUGUUAGCUAAGAGUACGUUUUUAAAUCUGUUCUCUACAUGCUCACUAAAACUGCUGACGGCUAACCAUUGUAACUGUAACUGUGGGCUAGUGAGAUAAAGUUUCUCCAGGCUACUUUUUGUUAUGUUGUAAAUUGCAUGCAGUUAACCAAACUGGAUUAAUUUUCACCUGAUGGUUUCUUCACUUCUGCAUCAUUUGUUUUCUAACUCAUUUUUUAGUUUAAGUCUUUUGUUUGCUAAAAACAAAAACUUCUUGUCCAGCCUUUGAUCAAAGUCUUUUGCCAUUUAUAACAUCUAGUCCUAGGAUGUGGAAUUUGGUGUAGUGGUUAAGAGCUUGGCUGCUAACCAAAAGGUUGGCAGCUCAAAUCCACCAGCCACUCCUUGAAAACCCCAUGGGACAGUUCUACUCUGUCCUAUAGGGUCUCUAUGAGUCAGAAUUGACAGCACCUAACAACAACAGAUCCUUAGAGACAACUGUGGGUGCUAACUAUUUUCUAAUCCUGAUUUUUAUAUUUAUUGUUCUCUUCCUUAAUCAUUUUACUAGUUAUGUUAUCUAUUACUAAAAAUAAACUUUCAUUUUGCAAGUUUUGAUCUUAAAUAAAUGGUAGUAUUUGCUAUGUAUGCAUCCACAUACAUGUUUCCAUUUCACAUUGUUUGUAUGGUCUGUUCAUAUUCAUGCUUGUAUCUCUAGUUCAUAGCUUCUAAUAACUUUGAAUAGUAUUCCAGGGUAUGAAUAUGCCACAGUUUAUCCAUUAUCCUAUUAGAUGGACAUUUGGGUUGUUUACUGUUGUUAUUAUAACCAAUGUAAUGAUAAAACACUGUGAACAUUUUCCUAUGUGUCACCUUGUGCAUGAAUUUGUCUAGGACAAGAGGAAUUGCAGUUUUACUAGAUUCUGCCAAUUUGCUGUCUGUGGUUUUACCGAUUAACAUGCCACCAGCAUAUAAGCACUCCAAUUGCUGUGUGUCUUAGUAUUAAAUUUUCUAAUUUUUGCUAUCUCAUCUUACCUAGUUUAGCUUCUAUUUUUAGUCUCUAAUAUGUAUUUUAAAUCCAGUUUUAAGCCAUUAAUACUUGGAAGGUGGUUCAUAAGAUUAUUCACUAGCCUGUAGCAUAAAACUUUCAAGAGCUGUGCAUACCUUAAUUAUAAGCACUUUAAGAACAUAAACCUCCUUUUUAUUAAAACAUUUUAAUGUCUCAUAAAUGUUCAGACACUUCAACGAAUGCACCCUUUCUAAAUUCACAUAGACUAACAACUGUCUGCAAACACAGUGUUCCCUCCAGGUUCAGUGGUUCCACCAGGUGGAGGGGAGUGUCUUUCACAGAUUCGGUGGAGUCAACUCCGUUGCCUUCCAUUGAAGACCGUCUGGCCGUCCUCUGCCCUUCUCAGGAGCUUCUGGAAUAUUUUCAAAAGAAGAUGGCUGAGUGUGAGACAGAAAAUGAGGACCUGUUGAAGAAAUUGGAACUAUAUAAAGAAGCUUGUGAGGGACAGCAUAAACUAGAAUGGGAUUUGCAGCAGAAGGAGGAAGAGAUUGCUGAAUUGCAGAAAGCUCUAAGUGAUAUGCAGAUCUGCCUCUUCCAGGAACGGGAACAUGUUUUACGCCUCUACUCAGAAAAUGACCGACUGAGAAUCAGGGAGGUAGAAGACAAGAAAAAGAUUCAAAGUCUCUUGGCUCUUGUGGGAACAGACACUGGAGAAGUGACCUAUUUUUAUAAGGAGCCUCCCCACAAAGUCACCAUUCCCCAAAAGACUAUCCAGGCUGUAAACGUACCUGAACAGAAUGCAUCUUCAACUUUGAAAGCAGAUCCUAAAGUAAACAAAAGAAGAUCAGCAAUGAGAGAGAAGGGAGAAAGUCCUAAGCAAUACCAAAGAAACAUACAGACACUUAUCCUACAGGUGGAAGCACUGCAGGCUCAGCUGGAAGAACAGACCAAGCUUUCUAGAGAACAAGUUGAAGGACUCAUGGAAGAUAGACGCAUUCGCAUUGAGGAAAUACAAGUUCAGCACCAGAGAAAUCAGGAGAAAAUCAAAGAGCUGACCAAAAAUCUCCAUCAUACCCAAGAACUGCUCUAUGAGAGCACCAAAGAUUUUUUGCAACUCAGAUUUGAAAACCAACAUAAGGAGAAGUCAUGGAUGCUUGAAAAGGAUUGUUUGAUGUCAAAGAUUAAGCAAUGCAGGCUGCAGUGUAAGAAGAAAGAAGAUAAAACUGGAAAAGUUUGGCCAGUUGUACACCAGAGUCAUCAUAACCAAAAUGAAUAUAUUAAGACCCUGAAGGAUAAGUUAGUACAAGAGAAGAAACUUUCCAACAUGUACCAAGAGCAGUGCAUUGCGCUAGAAGAAGAAGUUGCUCGAAUUCGUGAGGAAGAAUGCGUGAGGAGAGAGAUCUUCAAGGAUCGCACUAACAAGAUGGGGAAGCGUUUACAGGUAAUGACAAAACGCUAUGAGGCCUUGGAGAACCGACGUAUGUUGGAAGUAGAAGGCUUUAAGACAGAUAUUAAGGCUCUCCGGCAGAAACUUAAAGACUUGGAGCAAAUGCUGUAUAAGACAACACUUAAUGCCCGGGCAGACCAGGACCUUGCCAUUCUGUGUGAAGUCCGUGACAGCAAUAGACGGGCCCAUAAGAUACAAGGAGAACUGAAGAACCUUAAGUCCAAAGUGUUUGGUUUGGAGAAUGAACUCAGACUCUGUUGAUGUCUACUUUUGGAAAAAAAAAAAAAAAA